AUUGUCAUUAAAAGUCACGUGACUUCUACCGUAAUUUUUGUCCGAUAUAUGGAAAAAAUAAAGUUUUUUCUUCAUUAUUCACUUUAUAUGACAGAAUAUUGAAUUAUUGAGAUUUUCGAACGAAUUCCGAAAUAAUGUACGUUUUACGACCAAUAAUAUCACUAGACGCCCAAAUAGAACUGCCAAAAUGCAUGUAUAGAAUGAAAAACUUCCAUGCUGGAGCAGAAAACGAGCUCGUAGGAAAGAACCCACCUCACCCCGAGAAUUUUGGAACAUUUAAGCAGGCUGAACAAUUCCUGAAGACUGUAGAAAAUAGGGAAAUGGCAGAAUUGGAAAAAAGGCAGGAAAAACUUCUUGGUCAAUUAGAAGAAUUAAAAAAAAUUAUGAAUUCCAUCAGAUCUAGUUUGAAGCUACCAUCCAAAUGUACGAACAGUCAGAAUCUCAAUAGCAACAACUCUAAUAGUGGAAUAAAAAAAAAAAGAUCUUACGAGGUUCCUGACAUUGUCAUCAAUGCAAAUCCUUCUUAUCCACCCUACUUUCUACUUUUCCUCCAACAAUUGUUGAAGAAAGAAGUAUUUUUAAACAUAAGCUGUUAUUUACAUUCAUCUGUAUCUAAAUUACCCAAUGUAUGUGAAGCAUUCCUUAGGAAAUUGAAAUCACAAGAAAAUGGUGUGCCUUCAGUUCUCAUCAGACUUAUAUGGAAAGAAAUUGGUCCAGUUGCAGAGCUGAAUAUUCCCCAUUAUCCAAUUCAAGGUGAAGCCAACAUAUUAAGGUAUCUAGUGAGGAUACUUGAUAAUGAAUUAAAUUAUGAAAGGAGUCAAAACAUGAUAAAAAUCGAUGAACUUCUAGACCUCUCAUAUAGAUUGUCUUUUGCUGAUUCAAAGACUAACCGAACUAGUUUGAUACAAUCUCUGAAUAAAAAUUUGAAAUCUAAGUGGUUAACUGAUCAGAAAGAAAUCAGCAUAGCUGAUGUAGCUGUGUAUGAUGCGCUAAAGAAGUUUGCAUCCAAUAAUGAGAUAAAUGGUAGUCUAAGCAAAUGGUUUGUUCAAUGUGAGAAGUUUCUAGAAUUAUAAGGAAAUAAAUGAGUAAAUCAGAAA